UGUAGGUGUGGUCUUCAACAAAGCUUGAUUGAGAGAUCACAUCGCCGUUGACGAGUCUGGCAGGACGGUCCGUCAAAUUUGGUAUUUUAAUGAUCAUCAUUCAUCACAAAACGUGUUUUUGCUCCUUCUUUGACUGGAUAGUUUUUACGAGAUCGAGCUGCGCCGGUUCGCUGUUCAAUAACAGGCUGAAAGUAACGGCAGGCAUGAGGAUUGCACAUCUUUCUCUGGAAAUGCAUCAGUUCCGCUGGGUUGCCUCGUGACUCCAGCAGCGACCGAGAGGCGAAGGAGGAGGAGGAGGAGGACCGCGGCGCAGACAGCAGAUGAUCCGGGCCCCCGUCACCUCCUGUCCGCUCCCCUGAAGCGCUUAUGCACGCCUGGAUCAGGAGGACCAGAGGCAGCUGCACGGGGAGGCGCUGAAAUGAGAUGAGGCUCAGACAUGGAACUGUUGCCACUGCGAUUGUUUUCUUCACGUCGUUUCUCAGUCUGUCCUGGUACACGGCUUGGCAAAAUGGCAAAGAAAAGUUGGUAGCCUAUCAGAGGGAGUUUCACGCCCUGAGGGAGCGUCUGCGUGCGGCGGAGCACCGAACCCUCCAGCGCUCCUCUGAGCUCAACGCCAUCCUCGAGCAGUUCAGACGGGCCAUCGCAGAGACCAACGGCAGCAAAGAUGCUCUCUCCAACUUCUCAGAUGAGACACAGAAGUUGCUGAAGGAGUUGGCUCACAGGAAGCCCCUCCAGGUGCCAAAUAUCUACCACCAUCUGCCUCACUUGCUCAACAAUGAAGGCAGCCUGCACCCUGCUGUACAGGUGGGCCAGGGACGUACCGGAGUCUCCAUGGUGAUGGGCAUCCCCACGGUGAAGCGGAAAGUAAAGUCAUACCUGUCAGAGACGCUUCAUUCACUCAUCGAUAAACUCUCGGCGGAGGAGAAGCUCGACUGCGUCAUCAUAGUGUUCGUGGGAGAGACGGACAUAGAUUACGUAAACAGUGUGGUUGCAGGCCUUGAAAAAGAGUUCUACACAGAGCUGAAUUCUGGGUUACUGGAGGUCAUAUCUCCCCCUGCCAGCUACUAUCCAGACUUCAGCAACUUGAAAGAAACCUUUGGCGACUCAAAGGAGAGGGUGAAAUGGAGGACCAAGCAGAACUUGGACUAUUCCUUUCUAAUGAUGUAUGCUGUGAACAAAGGGGUCUAUUAUGUCCAGUUAGAGGACGACAUCGUUGCCAAGCCCAACUAUUUUGCCACCAUGAAAAACUUUGCCCUACAACUCGCCACUGAGGACUGGAUGAUCCUUGAGUUUUCACAGCUGGGCUUCAUUGGAAAGAUGUUCCAAGCCCCAGAUCUAAAUCUCAUUGUGGAGUUUAUCUUCAUGUUUUAUAAGGAAAAGCCCAUUGAUUGGCUGCUGGAUCAUAUACUCUGGGUCAAAGUAUGCAACCCAGAGAAAGAUGCCAAACACUGUGAGAGACAGAAGUCGAGUCUACGCAUUCGUUUUAGGCCCUCUUUGUUUCAGCACGUAGGCCUGCACUCCUCCCUUGCUGGGAAAAUCCAGAAACUCACGGAUAAAGACUUCCUGAAACCUCUGUUGCAUAAGAUUCACGUGAACCCGCCGGCGGAGGUGUCCACCUCUCUUAAAGUGUAUCAAGGUCAUACACUUGAGAAGACCUACAUGGGUGAAGACUUCUUCUGGGCCAUUACUCCGAUGGCUGGAGACUACGUCCUGUUCAAGUUUGAUCGGCCUGUCAACAUAGAAAGGUUCCUCUUUCGCAGUGGAAACCAGGAGCACCCAGGUGACAAAAUCGAGAACACUACUGUCGAGAUCCUGCCCUUUUCGGACACUGAAUUGAAGACCAAAGAGAAAUACAAACGAACAGAGGACCGCUUCUAUAAACUUGCUCAGUUUGAGAAAGGAGUGGCAGAGGGAACAGUUGACCCUGCCUUUAACCCUGUGGUGGCUGUUCGUCUGACGGUCCAGAAGGACUCCGCCGUGUGGGCAAUUGUUAGCGAGAUCCAUAUCAAGAGGAUACCUGGGUAACUACCUGAAUGUCUCCAGUGGUCGAGGUCCUCUGGUCACCACAACAGGGACGUGCUGCUCGCAUCUACAGCGGAUCAAGAGUGCGUGAAAGAACCCUGGCUUUAUGUUCUUCUCCUCUUAAACUUAACUUUUUCCUCUUUUUUUUUUUGUCAUUUCAUCUUCCUUUGGUAGUUCUACUUGCCUUUGCCUCUGUCGUCAGACUUCGUUUUACCUUUUACUGUUCCCUGAAUUCUGUUGUGUGAAUGUGACUACUACUGUACAGAAAAAAAAACAAACACUUUUUGACAGAAUGUUUUCAGACACUAAAUUUGUGUCGUAAAGAAUUGCAAUCAUCGCUGUCAUUAAGAUUUGAAGUUCAGGAUUCAAGGCUGCACCAAUGCUGGAGAAUAUGUUAAUGUCCCCUACUGAUGAAGAAUGUCCUCAGCGCUCUGCCGUCAUGGACUGUAACUGACCCUGGGUCAGAUAAGCCCGGCUGGAUUUCGGUUGAGAGAUGAACGAGUGGGACGACAGAAGUUUUUGUUUUUCGAAGUUUUUUUUUUUUUUUUUUACAGGGUUUUAGGUAGGUUUUAGGCUGUUGAUGUUUGAAACACUUUUAAGAACAUUUAGAGACCAGUUUAUUAUUUUAUUGACUGCUUUGCCAAAAUCUAAAAACAUAUUUCUAAAAAACAAACAGCAUAUCUUUGGGCCUCUACCUGGUCAACAGAAGUGGCUUUUCUUCUUUUGUGUUGGUUUAGUGUCAACGAAUCAAUCAUGGCUUUCAAUCUGAAGGUUUUUAAUUGCUGUUGUUAUUAUUAUUAUUAUUAUUAUGACGAUCUAUGAAGGUGAAUUAAUUUAUUUGAAAUAAAUCUUUAAUUUGUACAAAAGGUAAAUGCUUUUAUUUUAUAUUCUUUGGAAAUGUAUGAUGUGGCAGAGAUUUAUUGUGGCUUCAAGUCGAGUGAUGGUUGACGUUUGUAUCUCUGUAGUUGAGAAGGGUGCAGGGCCGCCCACUUCUGUGCCUUAACAUCCAGCAUCCCAGUAGGGGGCCUGGUAAAGGACUGCCUUGCGCCCUGUGUCAAAACGCUUAAAUCAUCAAUAGGACAGUUUGUUAGUUGCUUGAUUUAAGUGAGACGUUCAAGUGUAGAGCAUGGCAUGUCCAUUUUUAUGUUCCAGAGUCUUUCAUGUCUUCAUUUGUUCAUGGAGCAUUUUCCAUCUCAAAUAAUCCGCUUUCAUCAUGUCAGUCAGAAAAUGUUCUCCUUUCUAUGCUGUAUCGCAAGUAUCUGAAUGUUCAGUGAGUCAUGAUUAAGUCCAGAUGGAAUCUGCAGAUUUUUUUCUGCACAGAAUGAAUUUAAAUGUGGUGAAAUGAUUAAUGAAGCUGAGGGUACUACAUUUUAAUGGUAGCUGAAAGCACAAUCUACAGAGUCCCUAAAGAGACAUGGUGGUGGGGAAAUAAAAUGAGCUGAUUUUUCAAAGCAUUGAAAAAUUAUACUUCAAAGAUCUUGGUUCUCUCAAAGUGUUUGCAUUAAAGUGCCCUUAUUAUAGGUAAUGAAAGGUUCGUAUUUUGGUUUUGGGAGUCCCCAACAACAGAUUGACAUGCAUGCAAGGUCAAAAAACACUUUCAUUUUCUUAUAAUAUGCAUUUAUAUUUACCUUAUUUGCUCAACGACUCUCAAACGAUUCUUUUUUCCAAACCCUGCCUUUGCGUGACGCUAAUCUGCAGUUGAUUGGUCGAUUUCAUUUAAAGCAGUGUUUGUGUGCUCAGUGCUGCUUUGUGUACAGCGUUACCUAGUAAAAGCGGCACCUAGUGCCAAAGAAUGAAUUUGCAUUUUCAUUCAGACCAAUGCGAAAAGACCAACAAGUGGGCGGGCAAUAUGCUAAUGGUCAACAUGAAACAGCUUGGGAUUCGUUUUUAAAAACGACUUGUUUCAAUGAUUCAGAGUCGACUCUUUCUUUUGAGAGACAAUAACUUUAUACACGGUGCACUUUUAGAUUUAAAACUUUGCAGGAUGUUUUCAUUCACUUAGAGCUGUUACACACUGCAUGAAAGGUAAUUUUCAAAAAUCCAUAAUAGGGGCACUUUAAGCCAAAUACAGUGUUAGUUUUUAGCAAAAAUAAAUGGUAAAAACCUGAAAUAAUUCAGCCAUAAAUUUUUCUCACCAUGAAAACAGCUACAGAAUCUGGCGUGACGUUAAACGCAAACAAACUUUGUGUUUGCUCGCAAUACAUUUGUGAUGGAAAUAUGAGGUAGGACCAAGAACUGUGUUUCAGUACUUUGUGAGAGAACGCAAAGGUUUUGCUAGAUAUUGAAAAGGUUUUGCAAGCGAAUGCAAAGUUUAUUGGGUAAACGCAGCACUUUUUGCGAAUUAACACAAAAGAUUUGUGAGCAAGUGCACAUUUUAUUGGGGGAAGAGAAGUUUUGUGAGCAAAGUUUCUUGGGGAAACGCAGUACUAUUUUACAAAUGAACGUAGAAGUAUUGCCAAUUUCCUUGAGCGAUCAUAGAACUUUUGCAAGUGAACGCAAAGUUUCUUGAGGCAACAUAAUGCGUUUACAAACUAAUGCAAACAUUUUGCAAGCAAACUUAAGUAUUGAAAUAUUUUUUUUUUCAUCACCUUGUCUGCUUAGGGAUUCUUUAACAAUCAAAUAAGCCACAAUAUGUAAAAAUGCAUAGAACGUAAUGAAUGACUGCAAUUUCUAUAGAGUGCUGCUGGUGCAGAUUCUAUGUGGACCUGGUCAGGAGCAAAAUAUUACCAGAACCAUAGAUUUAUAAUGGAAAUGCUAUUUUCAGAAGUGUUAAGUGUGCUGGUUUUGACACCUGGAUUUAUUACACUGUACAUUUAUUAUACUGUAAAGCUACGGUUCCUAUUUAUUUUGCUUGUAGCUCCUGACGUAGGGACUUGAUGGUGACGUAACUGCUGUACAGAUUUCCGAAGUGCUCUCAUCUCAUGUGAUUGUAUAUAUCUUUAAUAAGAUGAAAGUUUUAGUUCAGUCUGUCAUUGUAUAAUGCUUGAUGCUUCAAGUUUCAGAACAUAUCCUUUUUAGAUACAUACUGUACACCCUCAUUUUAGUGACUACUUGGAGCCGGAUGUGAAUCUCAGUGUGUGUUUUGUAACAGAAAGCCAAUGUACUGUCAUAAACAUUUGUUUACAGUUUGUUUAUGAUCUCUCCUGAGAGGAGAGAUGGAGAUAAAUCCUUGGUCAUCAUUC